AUGGGUACCUUCUGCUCAGUUAUCAAGUUUGAAAAUCUCCAAGAAUUAAAGAGACUGUGCCACUGGGGGCCCAUUAUAGCCCUCGGUGUAAUAGCAAUAUGUUCUACGAUGGCCAUGAUUGACUCUGUGUUGUGGUAUUGGCCCUUACAUACAACUGGAGGAAGCGUGAAUUUCAUCAUGUUGAUAAAUUGGACUGUCAUGAUUCUUUAUAAUUACUUCAAUGCCAUGUUUGUUGGUCCUGGCUUUGUCCCUCUGGGUUGGAAACCGGAAAAUUCUCAGGAUAGUAUGUACCUCCAGUAUUGUCAAGUCUGCCAAGCAUACAAGGCACCUCGGUCACAUCACUGUCGAAAGUGUAACAGGUGUGUGCUGAAGAUGGACCAUCACUGUCCUUGGAUCAACAACUGUUGUGGUUACCAAAAUCAUGCUUCAUUCACACUGUUUCUCCUGUUAGCACCAUUGGGCUGUAUUCAUGCUGCCUUCAUUUUUGUUAUGACGAUGUAUACACAGCUUUAUAACCGGCUCUCCUUUGGGUGGAACACGGUCAAGAUUGAUAUGAGUGCAGCCCGGAGAGAUCCUCUUCCAAUCAUUCCCUUUGGAUUAGCUGCAUUUGCUGCCACCUUGUUUGCCUUGGGAUUAGCUUUAGGAACAACCAUAGCCGUUGGGAUGCUGUUUUUUAUCCAGAUAAAAAUAAUUCUCAGAAACCAAACUUCUAUUGAAUCAUGGAUUGAAGAAAAGGCUAAAGAUCGAAUUCAAUAUUAUCAGCUAGAUGAAGUUUUCGUUUUUCCUUAUGACACGGGGAGUCGAUGGAAGAACUUUAAGCAGGUGUUUACCUGGUCAGGGGUUCCAGAAGGAGAUGGACUGGAGUGGCCAGUCAGAGAAGGCUGUCACCAGUACAGCUUAACAAUAGAGCAGUUGAAACAAAAAGCGGAUAAAAGAGUAAGAAGUGUUCGCUAUAAAGUCAUAGAAGAUUACAGUGGUGCCUGCUGCCCUUUGAAUAAAGGAAUCAAGACCUUCUUCACGAGCCCCUGCACGGAAGAACCUCGGAUACGGCUGCAGAAAGGGGAGUUCAUUUUGGCCACGAGAGGGUUACGAUACUGGUUGUAUGGAGACAAAAUUCUUGAUGAUUCCUUUAUAGAAGGUGUCUCAAGAAUCAGAGGGUGGUUCCCUCGAAACUGCGUGGAGAAGUGUCCCUGUGAUGCUGAGACAGAGCAAGCCCCAGAGGGCGAGAAGAAGAACAGAUAG